UGCUGGGGAGGCAUGUACUGAGUGCCAUUGCCAAGUAUUAUGCGCAGCACCAACGGGCUAGAGCUUUUCCUUAUUCGCUCAUUCAACGUGCAAGUGAAGUGGCUUGCAGCCUACUGUGUGCUACAGACCAGACCAGGUCUGUUCCCAUAUGGAGCUGACAUGGGAGGGCAGGAGGGAGACCGGAAACCAGGAACCCAGCACGUAAACCUGAAGAUUAUUUGUGCCUCAGAACUCCUUUGCCAGGUAGAUAGUAUUGUCAUCGAUUUUACAAGUGAAGUCCCUGAAGCUCAGAGAGUUAAGUAUUUGCCCAGAGUGGGCUUCGAACCCUGCUCUCUUAGGGUCCCCCCAACCCCUGCAAAUCCCUUGAUAUCGUCCAUGGGCCCCCUGGGAAGGGGCGGGAAUUGGAUUCCCUCUGCCCAAGGCAUGUGGUUCAAAGCCUUAUUCUUCCCAUCCUGCCUGCACUCCAGGACAGGCCACCGCUGUGGCUGAGGACCGUCUCUCCACGCUGGAGAGCUUGGCUUAGCAUCCUGGCUGAAGUCCUCUGUGGGGCCAGCGCCCACUGCCUCAGACUCCAGUCACCUGUGAAAGGGCUAGGCGAAACAACGUGAGCUUUGCAGACAAAGAGGUCUGGGUUCAAAUCCCAACUCUGUCGCUUGCUGGCUUGGGCAAGUCACCUAACCUCUCUGAGCCUCAGUUUCCUUAUUUCUAAAACGAGGAGAGUCCUGUUGAAAGGAUGGAGAGGAUCCGAUGAGCCAGUGUGUGAGAACUGUGGUGUGCUCUGCUGUGCUGAGCCAUGCCUGUUACCGUGGCUCCUUUUCCAGGCUGGGGUUCCCAGGAGCUCAGAUGACCAAGCCUGGUGGGAGGCUUCUCUUCUGGGCCUGAUGUCUCCUCUCCCAGCUGAGGUGCCAGUGGGGCUCAUGGCUCUCUUGGUAGGCUGUGGUUUCAGUUCACGACGGUGAAGCUUGGAUAUUACCUCAAGUGGCUGUUGUCUUGCAGUUUAUGACCCACAACGGGAACCUCCAUGUGAAAGCCAAGUACGAAGCGAGAGUCCCUGCUUUCUACUAUGUCCCCCAGGCUGAUGACUGCUUGGUUUUAAAGGAACAAUGGAUCCGAGCCAAGUAUGAGAGACAGGAGUUUAUGGCCGAUGGGAAAAUGAUGUCACCCCCAGGUCACCGAGACGGGUUCCUGUGGAAGCGGGGAAGGGGCAACGCGCAGUUCCAGAGAAGGAAGUUUGUCCUGCUGGCAAGAGAAGGCCUCCUGAAGUACUACACUAAAGAGGAGGGUAAAGGCCCCAAAGCUGUCAUCAGCAUCAAGGACUUAAAUGCCACCUUCCAGACAGAGAAGAUCGGGAACCCGCACGGGCUGCAGAUCACCUACAACAGAGAAGGUCGCACCAGGAACCUGUUUGUGUAUCAUGAAAGUGGCAAGGAGAUCGUGGACUGGUUCAAUGCCCUCCGCGCAGCCCGUCUGCAAUACCUGAAAACGGCCUUUCCUGAGCUUCCGGAGUCAGAGCUUGUGCCUCUCAUCACCAGGAAUUACCUCAAACAAGGCUUCAUGGAGAAGACUGGUCCAAAGCAGAGAGAACCUUUCAAGAAGCGGUGGUUUGCCCUGGACCUGCAGGAGCGGAGGCUGCUGUAUUACAAGAACCCCCUGGAUGCCUUUGAGCAGGGCCAGGUUUUCAUUGGGAGCAGCGACCAGGGCUACGCCAUCUAUGAAGACUUGCCCAAAGGCGUCCGGGGGAGUCGCUGGAAAGCCGGCCUCACCAUCGUUACCCCACUUCGGAGAUUCGUCUUCACCUGCCCCACCGAGAAGGAGCAGCGGGAAUGGCUGAGGAGCCUGCGGGAUGUGCUGACCCACCCCAUGACUCCCCUCAGCAUCCUCACAGCUGCAUCAGCAGAGAGUGGCCACAGCAGCAGGUGACCUGGGGACCGAGGAGCUGGCUGACCAGUAAUUACUCAGGGCACCUGGCUGGGAAGGAGAAGAUCUCACCGAUGCCCCGUUGCCCAGCAGGAGUGCCCUGCAGCCAGCGGCCAUCUCUGCAGUGAAAUCUACAAGACGGAAGCCCUGGCCUUUACCCACUGGGCCUUGUCUUUCGGCCCCGAGACCUCUGUGGGUCUGGCAGAUGGAAGGUCAUCUGAAGUGCCUUCCAGGCCUGAGCCCUGGACUUCCUCACAGCUAACAGGGGGGCAGUGCAGUGGAAGGCAAGGCACCUGCCACCUCAGCAGAGUGGCGCUUGUGCCAAUUCUGCACUGCAUUAUGAGGAACGCAUCAGACAAGCCCACACUGAGGAGCUCUGUGUAAAACAGCAUCUAUCUCGGCCUCUGCACAAGUGUCCAUAGUAUGGAAAAUAAAUUUGCCUGGGACCUGC